AAUCAAUCAAUCAGUGCUCUUAACAUAACAAACAUAUAAAAUAUAAUAAUAUUAAAGCAAAACAUUUUGCUUUAAAUUAAAAAUAUAAUAAAUGUUUUCAUUCAUUGUUUUGUGAAAAGCGAUUCAUUUAUUAUAUAAAUUCAGUGGAAAUUUAACGCCUCUUUUGUUGGACUAAAAGCAACAAUAAGUGGCGAUCGGAUCCAAAAGUUUUAAUAUUUUUACGAAAACCCGUUUGUCAUAUAGUUUUUGUGUCCAAACAAUAUGUUGGUCUAACAUAUAGACAACUAUACGGUGUUGUCCCCGAUAUAUAGACACAUCGGUUGAUCGGUUAAUGCAAUGGCCACCAGUGGUGUCAACGACGAGAAACAGGCAAUUGUUAAACGUCUGUUGGAUUCAGUCAAACAAUGUCAGACCAGAUUCGGCGGCCGAUCCGAGUUGGCCACCGAUAUGGAUACUCGAGUGGUAGAACUGUGCGAAUCACUUGAGUCGGCUCUAACACACAGACUAAGACGUAAUCGUAAUCUAAUUCAUUACAAACGUAAAUCCGGUAUUAAUGGCGUAACCCGUAGUACUAGUGCCACACAAGGCUUUGGAGAAUCUCAUGAAACAGUUGUCUGUUUUUGGCAUUUUGUAAGUCUUCAUCUGACUCGACACGAGUUUGAUCGAUACCGACUGCUGAGGAAUGUUAGGACAGACUUUGGUCGAGGAAAGGCUUGGCUAAGAAGUUCAUUGAAUGAGCAUUCAUUAGAGCGCUAUGUCUUAACAUUAUUGACCGAUUCAACGACUCUUCGCAAUGAUUUCUAUGAGGAAAAUGCUUUCAUGAGAGACGAAGAUAUUAAUUCUGUUUUGCCUACCAUUUCACGCGGACUGAACUCUAUAUUGUUUGCAAUCAAUAUAGACAACGCAGAGUUUGAUUACGAUAGUAAAAUUAUCGAGAAGAACAGUCGAUCUGAUCCGUUACCAGUUCUUUGUAAAUCGGAAACAAUUCCAGGGAUUAGAAGACGCAGACAUAAAGUUAAUGUGAUAUCAUUGAGUGAUGAUGAUAAUGACCAGAUGGACCACUUGAAUGCUGCCCGAAGCGCUCCAACCACUUGUCUUUCAUCGCCGGACUCUAUAUUUUCCGACAGACAAAUGUCAUCCACUUAUAUGACGGGUAACUGUUCAUCACUUAUCUCACAAUCGGCUGAUAGGAAUGUCGUAUUGACACCAUUGGGCGCUGAGAAUGUUAACAAUACUUUAGAAUUGAUUGUCGAUAACACCAGUGUCUGUGAUUCAGACAAAUUAAGUCUGAAUGAAAAUCAAGAAUCAAAGAUAGAGUCGAGUCAAGAGACAAAUGUCGAAUCAAAUGCAGAUAAGGAUGAAUUAGAGAGAUUGAGAGCCGAGAAUCAGUGUAUGAAAGAGAUGUUUGAGGAAAAGGUGUCCAAAUUGAUGGCUCAAAACGAUAGUCUAAAUAAAGACAAUGAUUUACUACAAGUACAGCUCAAUAAAUAUAUAGCAGCCGUUCAACUAUUAAAAUACUCGGGCAAUACGGGUCAGGAUGUUAUCAUUGAUAAUAAUACUAAUACCGGUGCUAUUGGACAAUCAUUUGAAGAAAGUAAAGCGUUUGAGUCGCAAAACCAGAGUUACUAUAAUGAGAUCAAUGAAUACGAGAAGAAAUUGGUCGAAGUGGCAGAAAUGCACGCAGAGUUGGUUGAGUUUAAUCAACACUUGCAUCGGGUUAUCGCACAAAAGGAUGCACUCAUAGCCAGACUUAAGGAUGAAUUGGUUCACUUAAGAGGACCGUUGCCGGAAGUUAACGAAGUGACCGAAGAUCUGAUAAGCGUUUCAUCUGAUUUCGAAACUGAUCUGUCAAUACAAUCGACAAUUAGUCCGCUCAUACAUAUCUGGAUACCGACGGUAUUUCUGGCCGGCGGCCAAAAAAGCAAAUCACAUCAUAUUUACCAAAUCUAUGUCCGAAUUAAAGAAGAAGAAUGGAAUGUCUACAGACGUUAUUCACAAUUUCAUAGUUUACACAAAUCUCUUCGCAAAAAGAUUCAAAUUCUCAAUACAUUUGACUUUCCGCCCAAAAAGACUAUCGGAAAUAAAGACUCGAAAGUGGUUCAGGAAAGACGUAAACGACUGGAAAACUAUCUGAGAAAUCUGAUUAAUGCACUCCAAACACAACAUAAUAAUAUUACUGAUAAACAACACCUCAUCGCUGUUUUACCAUUCCUCAGUGAACGGUUCGUCCAAAGUCAAGGCCGUUCCCGAUCUGAGACUCAUUUGAAUUUCAGUACCAAUGAUCCGCCUCAAGAGCACCAUUACAUGGGAUUAUAAGAGUGGCCGAUAAGUUUGAGUGGUGACCAAACAAACUUUUAAGUAAAAUUUUUAUAUUAGUUUUAUCAAAUUUUUU